UUUCCAUUCUCCUAUUGCAGUGACAGCCUGAGUACAUUUGAUGGAGGCAAACAAGACGCUGGUGACUGAGUUUGUUCUCACGGGACUUACAGAUCUUCCAGGGCUGCAGGUUCCCCUGUUUCUGGUGUUCUUGAGCAUCUACCUCACCACCAUGGUGGGCAACCUUGGGCUGAUUUUUCUCAUCUGGAAGGACCCCCAUCUUCACACCCCCAUGUACGUAUUCCUGGGCAGUUUAGCCUUUGCAGAUGCCUUUUCUUCAUCCUCUGUGACCCCCAGGAUGCUUGUCAACAUCUUAGACAAGAGUCAAAUGAUAUCCCUCUUUGAAUGUAUGGCCCAAUACUAUUUUUUUGGUGCCAGUGCAACCACAGAAUGUUUCCUCCUGGUAGUGAUGGCCUAUGACCGCUAUGUGGCCAUACACCAGCCCUUGCUUUAUCCAGUGGUGAUGUCCACCAGACUCUGCACUUGGCUGGUGAGUGUGUCAUAUGUAAUUGGUUUUCUGCAUCCUGUGAUUCAUGUAGGAUUGUUAUUUAGAUUAACCUUCUGCAGAUCCAAUAUAAUAUAUCAUUUCUACUGUGAAAUCUUGCCACUUUUCACAAUUUCAUGCACUGACCCACCUAUUAAUGCACUAGUGCUUUUUAUUUUUGCCACUUGUAUACAGGCUUUUACUUUUAUGUCCAUUAUAGUCUCUUAUACUGGUGUCCUUUUUGCCAUCCUGAAAAAGAAGCCCAAAAAGGGCAGGAGCAAAGCCUUCUCUACGUGCAGUGCCCACCUGCUCUCUGUUUCCUUGUUCUAUGGCACUCUCUUCUUCAUGUAUGUGCGUCCUGGGUCUGGCCCAGAUCAAUACCAAGAUAAAGUGUAUUCACUAUUCUACACAGUCAUAAUUCCCUUGCUAAACCCUUUUAUUUAUAGCCUAAGGAACAAGGACGUUUUAGGUGCCCUGAGAAAAGUGCUAAAAACAUAA